AAGAUUAGAACAACGAGUUGUCAAAGCAGCGUCUCCUUGCGACUGCGUAUUGUUAAUUUUCUGUGAUAAAUUAAGUACACACAGCAAUGGCUUAUUACGGAAACCACUUUUAAAAUUUCAAUAAAAGUGCUUAAUCACUAAAUGGUAACAUGUCAUCCCAAGCAGCUGAAGAUAUAGCUGAUAUAGCCAUGACGCGGAAUGAUGCGGAUUCGUCCCAGACACAUGACGCUUCAUCUAGUGCAAAUGCAGAUGACGCAUCUUCAAGCAAUACAGCGACACCAGCGAGUAGUGAAGGCCAAGCAUCACGACAAUCUAAUCUACAAAGAAUCCAGCAGAGGAAACAGCAAGUUUACAACUGGCCACAUGUCAAGAAACUACUGAAACUAGCCAUUUACUCGGCUUGUCAAUCACCAGAUUGCAAUUGCACUGGCUGGAAGACCCCAGUACAACAGCAAAGUGGUAAAACAAACACUCGCUCAGACAAUCAACCGGCAAGUUUCACAGAUAUCUGUAGAAACUGCAACCACAUUCUAGAGAAGCAUGUCUCACACUUAGAAGGUCUACCAGCCACUGAGAUCAACCGUCUACUCGGGACUGUGGUUGAUGUGGAAAAUAUUUUUAUGUCUAUGCAUCGUGAAGAUGACCAUGACACUAAACGGGUUUAUUACUAUCUAUUUAAGCUUUUACGCAAGUGCAUCCUAACUCGAACCAAGCCACGGAUCGAAGGUCCCUUAGGCCAGCCUCCAUUCGAAACGCCCUCCAUAGCGAAGGCCAUUACAAACUUCGUCCUAUACAAGUUCAACUCACUGCCACAAAGGGAAUGGCAGACAAUGUAUGAUUUGGCCAAAAUGUUCUUGCACUGCUUUAACCUUUGGAACUUUGAGACACCGAGCGUUAGGAAACUGCAAGUAUCCAAUCCCGAGGAUAUAUCAGCAUACCAAAUUAAUUACACAAGGUGGUUAGUAUUUUGCCACGUACCAGCAUUCUGCGAUUCCCUCGAGCACUGCGACACAUCGUUAGUGUUCGGUCGCACGCUACUGCGGGCCGUCUUCAAGUCGGUCUGUCGACAGCUGAUGGACAAGUGUCAUUUAGAAAGAGAUAGAAUGCCCAUCGAAAAGAGGGUAUUAGUUCUGAAUCACUUUCCGCGCUUCUUGGGUCUACUAGAAGAAGAAAUAUUUAGCCCCAACUCGCCGAUAUGGGACCCCGAUUUCAAGCAAAUGAUUCCAGUACACUUACAAGCUAUUAUUGAAAACAAGAAUACUGGAAGGCGCGGGGGUGAAUUCGAACGAGUGACUGCGUCAGGAGACAGUAAGGACGGAUUUACCACUGUCUCUCUUUCAUCGGGAUCAAUAAAACAAGAAGGCAUGAAGCGUUCAGGAGAUAGAAGUGGAGAUCAAGGCGCUAAGAGAAGACGCUUAGAUGAGGGCGGUGAUGAUGUCAGCGAACGUACAGUGGCAGAUAUCGUAGCCACUAUAUCUGACCCCAACUACAUGUGUGGACCUGAUGCGCUAUUCCAAAUGCAAGCGCCGAGGGAUGAAGCAGCCAAGUUGGAAGAGCAGCGGAAAAUGAUCGAGUUCCAUGUCAUCGGUAACUCCUUAACUGGACCGGUUAAUAAGCAAACUAUGCUUUGGCUCAUUGGUCUCCACAAUGUUUUCUCGCACCAACUACCAGAAAUGACAAAGGAGUACAUUUCGCAAUUAGUAUUUGAUCCGAAGCACAAAUCCCUGGCUCUGAUAAAGGAAGGAAGGCCCAUCGGUGGUAUUUGCUUCAGAACAUUCCAUUCACAAGGUUUCAGUGAGAUAGUAUUUUGUGCUGUAACGUCAAACGAACAAGUGAAGGGUUACGGCACACACUUGAUGAACCAUCUCAAGGACUACCACAUCAGGAACAAUAUUCUACAUUUCUUGACUUUCGCCGACGAAUUUGCCAUUGGAUACUUCAAGAAGCAAGGCUUCAGCAAGGACAUAAAGCUGCCGCGCGCGAUGUACUCCGGCUACAUCAAGGACUACGAGGGCGCCACGCUCAUGCACUGCGAGCUCAACCCGCGCAUCGUCUACACGCAGUUCACCGCGGUCAUACGGCGGCAGAAGGAGAUAGUAAAGAAAUUGAUCGAUAUGCGACAGAAGGAAGUUAGGAAAAUACAUCCGGGAUUAAAUUGCUUUAAAGAAGGAGUCCGCAGCAUCCCGGUGGAGUGCAUCCCGGGCGUGCGCGAGGCGGGCUGGCGGGAGGCGCGGGCGGCGCGCGCGGUCAGCGACCCCGAGCCCGACCCCGCCGCGCUGCGCGCCGUGCUGCACGCGGUUAAGAACCACGCGGCAGCAUGGCCUUUUUUAAAGCCUGUGGACAAAACUGAAGUACCAGACUACUACGACCACAUCAAAUAUCCAAUGGACUUACGCACAAUAGGUGAACGUCUCAAAGCGCGGUACUAUUCGUCUCGACGACUGUUCAUAGCGGACAUGGCGAGGAUAUUCUCAAACUGUAGGCUUUAUAACUCACCCGACACGGACUAUUACAGAUGCGCCAACACAUUAGAGAAAUACUUCCAAGCGAAGAUGAAGGAGAGCGGCUUGUGGGACAAAUGAUCGGAGGUGUUUAACUUCGACGAUUUCUUCCUCAAGGAGUUGUGUAAUUCUCUGGGGUAUAUGGAAAUCGCCUGAAUUAGAGACAAUUUGAUCGUUUAUAGUAUUUUGGUGUUGUGUAUUCCUGUGUGAUUUAUUUAUGUUUUUUUUUUCUGUGUAGUGGUACUGAAAUUUCCAUUAGCACCUACGGCUUAGGUUCAAUUUACAUUCAGACCUAAUAUUUUAUUUGCAAAAAAAUUGUUUUGGGUGUUUGUCCUACUGAGUCUAUCAACAAGGGCCAAUCACUUUGAAGAUUGUAGUUAUUUGUCUAUGCACAUAAUAAAUUGGUACCCUUGUUAGUAAAACUAUCUGCCAACAUGCAGGAGAAACAUUGCGAAUUAAGGUUCAACCCUUCUCCUUAAUCAGACUGCCCCCGUUUAGCAAUAGGGUAUUUAAAAGACUAUUUUAUUUUAGUUCAAUUUUUGUGUACCAAAUAGGAAUUGUUACACAGUCGGGUACACCUUUAUUUGUAUCAGCUGUUUAUAGGUAUAGUACUGGAUACAUAUUUAAAUGAUAAAGUGAAGGUUCUUUUUACCCUCAUUUACUAAAAUAUUGUAAAAAUAAUCAAUGUCAAAGCAUGUGAUCGAAAAUAAGAAAAUGUUUAAAUCACUGUCUCAAGCGGUUCAAAUUUUUUAGUAAGUAUUUUUAGGCUAAAUUGUGUAAAUACAAACAUUUUGGAGGUAAUUUUUAAAAAUGGUCAUUAAUUAUACUGAUUGUGAGUUUUAGGUACAAUUUAAUUUCUUUUUACCAAACAAACAAAUUUAAUUUAAUGUUAAUUCCUAAGAAAUCAUUUGAAGCUUUUUAUUUCUUAAAAUAAUAGGUACAAUUCUGGAAAAGCGGACUUGAUUUCUUUUGAAACCAUAUUCAAUUACUUUAAGAAUGUGUUUUCAAGUAUAUGAAAAUAAUGUAGGAAAUAUAGAUAAAUGUGUCGCCCACCUUGAAGGAACAGCGUGGCAGAUUAGGUUCAACCUUUAUCCUAUGUGGAAAAGGCAAUUGUCCAUUAGACAUGGACGUAUGUACAUAUAUUGUACAGUUAAGCUUAUUUUAUUUUUAUUUAAUAAAAUGUUCUGAUUCUGCGUUAACGUGUAAAUCAAAUCUUUGUAAUUGUAAUAACAUUACUUGCUCUAAAGGAUUAAAAUUACAUAUGUAUGGAUAAUAAUAUUUAGUAAUCAAGGAAAACGUCUUGAAAUAGGUUAAAUAAGUACAUCCUCUUUUUAUUAAAAUAAUUUAGUUACAAAUUUGAAUUUUAGAAUAAACGUUCCUUCAAACUCUUUGUAAAUAUUUUUAGCAUUAAAUUUUUGUAAUUAAGGUGUAAGUUUUAAUACUUUCAAAUUAUGAAUCUUGUUGUUAGUUAUGUAGUAAAAUAAAUCGUUUAACGUGAAUUUUAAUAUGUAUAACGAUAUUGUGUGAAAAUGGCAAAUAUUUAGAACAAUUCGUGUCUAAAUUGUUUUAAACAAUUGUAUUAUUAGUUUGAAAAGUUUAAUCGUCGUGUUUCUGUGUAUAUUUCUGCUCCGGAUUUGUCCGAUGUUCUUUCUAAAUGCCGAAUGAUAGUGUCGUAUGAAUGUCAGUAAACAUCUUUCAAUAAAACGCAAAUAACAAUA